UGUGAUACUUAAAACUGGACUUUGUGCUGCUGAAACGUAUAAAUAUUGGAGUCCUUAUCCACACACCAGUGCAGGCUCUUAUCUUGUCGCUGAAAUGGCUGUCCAUCUCUCAUUGUUGGUCGUCGUAGUUCUUCUGGCUAAUACAGCCACAGCAGCGCUACCUUUCGCAUGGUCAGAUUGUUCAAGCGACCCAGCCCACAAUGCACUGGUAGUCCACAGUAUAAAUGUGUCCCCAGUACCUCUGGAAGUUCCUGGGGAUCUCCAUCUGACCUUUAACGCCACCGUCCUCCGACCGAUCCAGGUGGCAAUGAUGGACUUCAAGUUUGUGAGGAAGACUGGCGCGAAUGUAAAUGUACCUAUCGGUUGUGUUGGAAAUGUCGGAAGCUGUACGUUUGACGGAUGUUCUAUUCUGAAUGAUCUGGGUAAGAUCGGAAGUCAAGCCGUGUCACAGAACGUUAGCGGACAGAUAAGCAAUAUGUUUGCCAACGUAGGUGCCAAUAUUUCCUGCCCGAUACAGCCCCAAAAUAUUGUCGUCAAUGACUUUGUGUUUCAUAUUCCCAAGCUCUCCAGCUCCAUGGAUAUUAUUGCCAACGGUGACUACAAUGUCACCGUAUACCUUCGGGAGCCUGCUACUGAUUUCCAACUUGGAUGUCUGACGUUUGACGCCUCGUUAACCAGGUCGUCGACGUGUUCGGGAUGGCUAUGUAGCGGUCGUAGGAGACGUGCCAGUGCGCCUUAGUCACAAAUCAUUUGUUCCUCGUCAACCUAAUUGUUGAUGCAUUCUAAAUAAAAAAUUGAUUAGAACAAUUUAUUAAGAAUAUUGAUUUUGAUUUUGAAUGAACAUAUGUGCAAAGCCCAGUAAAUAUUAAAUAAAUACAAAAUACAUUUAAUUUAAUUGGUGAUGACAGAAGAACAGACUCCUGAUUCUUGGUGGACGCGCUUCACUACCUUGAACGUAUUAUGUUACAGUCUAUGUGAAGUGGACAAAAAUAUGUACCUUUGAGUAAAAGCGUUUCUACUGCAAUAAUUAGGUGUUGUAAUAUUACGCGAGGAUCAAUUCAUCCUCGCAAUAGUUUUUUUUUUAUUGUUUAUUGUGGUAGAAACAAGUAUCAAAUGCGUUUUGAUUGACUGACAUGACAAUGCUUCAAAGAUAAUAAACUUGUUAAUUAUUUAA